UUUGACGUGACAUUUUUGGGAAGAGAGCGUGAAUUUUGUCCGAUUUUACGUGUAAAUUAAAUUAAUUUAGCUGUAAUAGAGUAAUUACGAUUAUCUACAAUGUGCUAAGCUUUCACCAGCAACUUUUCAAUGUAUUAAUUUGUAGGAAACUAUUGUAAGUGCUGAUAUAAUGGCGAUAACACAAGAAGAGGUCGCUAAUCGCUAUCCUAUUCACUGGUUGGUUUGGAACAAUAAUCAUGACGAAUUGAGGGUUUCAUUGGAGACCCAUAGGUUCACAGCAGAAGAGCUGGAGCAGAAGGACCCACGAGGGCGCACCCCGCUGCUGCUGGCUGUGACCCUGGGCCACACGGAGUCUGCCCGGCUGCUUAUUGACGCCGGGGCCGACGUCAACUGCGAGAAGGAUGGCUGGACUGCGGUGCAAGAGGCGACAGCGACGGGCGACUCGGAGCUGCUGUCUCUGGUGCUGUCCCGGAGGGACUACCAGCGGCUGCUGGUGCGCUCGGGGGGGAUCCCCGAGCUGCUGCACAAGCUGUCGCUGGCCCCGGACUUUUAUGUCGAGAUGAAGUGGGAGUUUACUAGUUGGGUGCCCUUAGUGUCCAGAAUGUGUCCGUUCGACACAUACAAAGUGUACAAGCGUGGCGGGAAUGUCCGAGUGGACACGACCCUCGUCGGCUUUGAGAACAACCGUUGGCAGAGAGGAGACAGGACUUACAUAUUUAGGGGCCAAGGGCGCGCGGCCAGCCUCGUGGAGCUCGACCACGAGGCGGGCACCUCGUGGACGGAGCACCUGGAGCCCCUCGACGACUCCGGGCGCCAGUGCCCCGCGCCCUCCGCCCAUUCGCUGCAGCAGCGGAUGUCUUCACCGUUGGCUAUUAACUAUCUGGACACUGACAAGAUCAGCUUCGAGAGGAAUAAAAGUGGCAUUUGGGGUUGGCGGCAAGACAAAACGGAGAACGUAAACGGUUACGAGUGCAAAGUGUUCAGUGCUAAUAACGUGGAGCUCGUCUCCAAGACGAGGACCGAACAUCUGCCGAAGGGGGAGAGGAGGGCGUCGCCGCGGGCGCCCCUCGCUGGGCUGCUGGCGUUGGCCGAGCCCGCGACCCCGUCCUCUGAUAACACGCCGCUUUUAACGCCUGACAAGGAAAACUCCCCACCCCGCAGCCGUUCGCGCGAGGAGCUGUCCCCGGCGAGCGGGUCAGUGACCUCCGCGUGCCAGGUCGGCUGGCAGCAGUACUUCAGCGGGCAGCCGCUGGGCCGCGACGUGGGCCGGCCCAGGGACGCGGCCACUAAGGUGCAGAAGUUCAGGGCCACCUUGUGGCUGUGCGAGGACUAUCCUCUAGAGUUGCAAGAACAAAUAAUGCCGAUUCUGGACCUGAUGGCCGCGAUAUCUUCCCCACACUUCGCCAAGCUGAAGGACUUCAUACAGAUGCAGUUGCCAUCCGGAUUUCCGGUUAAAAUAGAAAUCCCCCUGUUUCACGUGCUAAACGCGCGGAUUACGUUUGGCAACAUAUUCGCGACGGAGACGCCGGUGCCGCACAUAGAAUGUAUACAGGAGGGGACUCGGCUUUCUUGUGUAGUCGACGAUGCUUGCUUCAGCGUGGGCCGUGGUUACCGGGACGCGGCCCACGUGGACCGGCUGGCGUGCCACCUGGACGACGAGGAGGGGCUGCUGCAGUACGCCAUACAGCAGAGCCUGAUGGAGGCCGGCACGAGCGACGACCAGGUGGACGUGUGGGAGGCGCUGCGCGGCGCGCGCACGCCGCUGCCGCACGAGGACACGCAGCUGCAGAGAGCAAUCGAAGCGUCGCUCCGCGUGAUGUCCGUGGCGGACCUGGAGCUGGAGCCGCCCCCCCCGCCGCCCCCCCCCUGCCUCGACCCCGACCGCGAGCUGCAGGAAGCGCUGGCGCUGUCUGCGCGUGAGCAGCAGCGCAGGGAACAGGAGCUGGUGGCUGAACAGCUGGCGUUGGAUGAGGCGCUUCGGCUGUCGCUGCUUGACCAUUAGCGAUCUCAAUAGAAAACAAAGCGUCCACCAAAUGAAGACUUACGCCUAAAGGUACUUUAAAUUAGUUAUUUAUAAUAGACCAUUACUGACUGCAGAUAUUUAUUGGCGUUGCGAUGUGUAUAGACUGUGACUAUCGAUGUCUUAUUACGGUGUAAUAAGGUUUAUAAUUGAUUGUACUUGCUAGGUGGGCGAUCGUUCAAUGUUCAGUAAAGCUCGACAUAGAUGGCAGCACUAUUGCGAACCGUUGCCAUGGUGCACAAGUCGAUGACACUUUUUAUUUUAUGCCUACAUCGUUAGCUAAUGUUGCGUAGGAGAAAUCACGUUAUCGCUAUGUAUUAUUAUUAGAUAAACUUGUAGCGGGAGCCAGGUUAUCAUGCUCGACCGCCACCGCAGGGAAGAUCUUCCCGCCAGGCUAGGUGUUGCGCCGGGGAACCGCACGCGACAUACGGUGUCAUGUCGGAAGUUGUAUUUAUGCUUCCAAUCGAAAACGCACUGUCUGCGCGGUCUAGGCUUGUCAGCUUCUGGUAGUGAGUCGACCGAAGUGCCAUCUGUCCGUAGUGUCGUGGAUCACUUCGUUGCCUUUGGUCGGCUUUUACAUCUGCGGCGUUGUGCAUGUGACGUGGUAGAUGUCGCCACAAACUUGCAAUGCACGGGCGAUGACGCUCAAGGAAUUCGUUAGCAAUUUGAGUUUGUAACUAGUUCUUUUUACGGAGCUACUUAGCUCCGUGUGGAAGGCUUAUUAAACAAGGGAAACCUAAAACAGGACAAUAAAAAAAAAUAGAAGUCAACAAAUAACAUAUGUCAUGCUUCGGAAGACUGUCAUUGUCAAACUUGCAAAUGUCAAAAUGCGCGGGUUACAUAUUGUUCUAGUGUUUUAAAAAAAUCUGUAUUUUUGCAAUAAGUUAAUUGCAAUCUUGUUAUUUGAAUCGAAAUAUUUUACAAAAUCAAUUUGGAACUAUCGUUUGGAAUACAAUAUAUAAAGGCUACAGUAUAUUAACGCUCGUUCCGCGUGUGGAAUUUUAACGCAUGCGUACGCGCAUGUGUUUUUGUGUGCUCCUGCCUUAACAGAGAAUCAUUCAGUAUUAUUUUUUGGUGUGAUACAUGUGAACGAUCGCUCUAAACUAUAAUGUAUCAGAAUUGUGGAAUUGAAUAAUUAAUAAUCGUUCCCAAAUCCGCCUUUUGGUGUUGUUAAUUUUAGGGUAAACUGCUCAGUAAAUGAUCAGAUAUUUUUUAUUUUUUUAUUUUAAUUGUUUUUCAUGUGAUGUCUGUCCAAACAUUUAAUGUAACUAGCUGUCGCCCGCACAUCCGUACGGGGUUUCCUAAGUUUGUCUUCGGGUCAUCAUCAACUAUAUGUUUUUAAAAUUUUCAAAAAACGGCUCAGUUAAACUUACAUAAUACAUUUAUUAUAUUAGUUUGGGAGGUGAGGCUAUCGAACAAUGUUCCCUGUGAAAUAUAUAUAACCUGAUUAUAACAUCUUUCAAAAUUAUGCUUAUUAUUUUUUAAUAUAGUUUUCACUUUUUAUGUAAUCCGUCCAGUAGUUAUACCUUUUUAAUUUAUGGUUCAAUUAUGUCCUCCAGUAUAGUUUUAAGGUUAUAUAUUGUUACUUAAUAAUAAAAAAAAAAUCAUUCUAAAUAAUUAAGUGAUAUUUUUGAUUCGGAAACUAUAAACUUUUUGCAUGCCGACUAUUUUGCGCAGUUUACCCUAUAUUUCGCGCAGUCAUACUAUAUACCAAAUGUCUUCGAUUGUAACUUGUUGUUAUUGUAACUAAUUGUAUUAAUGGGCAAUAAUUUAUGUUUUAGGUUAGUUUACAUUACAAGUAAUUAUUUAUCAUUGAUAUCACGCAAAAUACAAGACCUGUUACUAGCUUUGGACCUGUUUCGAAUACUACAUAUUUACUUAUUUUAUUUUAAAACGUCACUUCUUCUCCAUUAUUUCAUAUCCCAUGUGAAAUGAAACACAUAACGGCAAGUAAUGGAUUGGUUUGCCAUUGCCUUCUCCAUUUCACAAGUUUAUAAUCCACCAAAGUGCAGGAUUCCUCACGAUGUUUUCCUUCACCGGAAGCAAGUGGUGGUCGAUGAAAACUUACUAUACAUGAGUCAGAUUGGUAUACAAACUCAUAUGGCACGAGUAGGAUACGAACCUGAGACCUUUGGAUCCACAAGCGGGCGUCUAACCCAUUACACCACCACCGCUUCGGUAUUGCAAUGGCAAAAUGUAAUUAUUUAAAAAUUCGUUUUCAUCUUUUUAUUGACAGACUGUACUGAUUUCAAUUUGGUUAAAAAAAUCCAACAGUCUCUUUUGCGACAAGUACAAGAUACCUGUUUGUAUAAAUAAUACAUUUAAUAAAUAAUUAUUGUCGAAAAUAUUCAAAUCAAACUCACCUAACGACAAUGCUGGUUUGAAUACUUGCGAAAACGCGACCGUAUCGACACGUCAAAAUGUAUAUGGAAACAAUAGUUAUUGAUACUUUUUGGAGGCACAGUUAAUUUUCUAUAUAAAUUUUGUCUAUGUGUAUGGAUAAAUACUAUUACGAACGUCUCAAAAACGAAGCAAGAGAUAUAAACGAAGACUUUUAUAUACAGGGUUAUUGGUAUCUAACGCAUAACCUUCCAAAGGCGCAUAAAGUACAUAUAGACUAACAUCUUUUGUUCUACGACUUCUGUCUAAACGUAAUAAAUACAAAAUGUAUUCUUUUUUAGUUUUAAUGUCGUUUCUAUAAAAUUUUAACUCUAUAUUCGAUUCCGUCACAUAACGCUACUGUACUGUCUCGUGUUGCUUGACUAUUACAUAGAGUUAAGAUGUGGAGAAUCGCAAAUUAGAUUGUAUUUUUUUAUAUGGAAAAAAAAAUAAAAA